AAUUCAAGACAAAGAAGAUGAUCGGUGAAAAAGACACUUAUUAUUUUAGUAAUAUCACCUACAAACUGAACUUUGAAGACCCUGCUCCUUCACCUCCGCUGUCCUCCCCAUCUGCUCCUCCUCUUCCUGAGUGUGAGCGUGCUGGUCAGUGUUGGAUGCUGCUGGCCAUCUUGUGUCCUGUGUCUGCUCUACUCGCCGCCCUCAUCUCCUCCGCUUGCUUCUACUGUUGUAAGACAGGACCAGACCAAGGCCAAGGAGAUGGAUUUCAGGUUAGUCCAUUGCUGUCCAAGAAUUACCCGAGAAGUCUGGACCAGGAUCUCCUCACUGAAGUUAUCUACAAGCAACUAUGAGCUGAAUACCACGAAUAUGCCUUCUUAGUUUUAAAAUAUGUGAUGAAUAAAUACUGAAAACAAUUGUGCUUUUAAAAUU